ACUUCAUUCUUGAGAAUGAAAACAAAGAUAAAUGCUUUGUCUUGGUUCUUCAGUAACAUGAGUUGGAGGAGAAUAAGAACAGCAAGCGCUACUCCCAUUUUGGCCAAUUUUGCUUCGGAGGCAGGUACGGUUUCUUCAAAUCAUAAUAACUCCUCGGUUUCUUCCAAAUUCAGAAACAGCUUUAAUGAUUUAGACGAUGCCCUCAAUUUAUUCCGUCAAAUGGCUCAUACCCGCCCCUUGCCUAAGGUUAUUAUGUUCAACCAAUUGCUUAGUAGAAUUCUGAAAUUGAAGCAUUAUUCCGUAGUUGUUUCCCUCUUUCAAGAAAUGCGCAUUAAGGGCAUCCCAAUAAAUGUGUAUACCAUUAACAUUCUGGUGGAUGUGUACUGCCGCUCAAGUCGAGUAGAUUGUGGGUUUUGUGUACUUGGUGUGGUCUUUAAGUGUGGAUUUGAGUUUGAUGUGGUCACAUUCAACACUCUGAUCAAGGGCCUCUUUCUGGAUAAUAAGAUUGUGGAGGCUGUAGGGCUAUUCAAGAAGUUGGUGAGGGAAAAUGUGUGCAAUCAAAUUACUGAUCGUAUUCUUAUAAAUGGGCUUUGCAAGGCAGGCCAUACACAAACUGCUCUUGAUUUACUUAUAGUAAUGCAAGAGGAGGGACCUAAGCCUGAUACUAUAGCCUAUAGCACUGUAAUUGAUUCUCUAUGCAAAGACAGAAUGGUUGAUAAGGCUCUUGGCCUUCUCUCUGAGAUGAUUGAAAGAGGGAUUCCCCCAAAUAUCUUCACAUACAAUUCAUUGAUUCAAGGCCUUUGCAAUUUUAGCCGAUGGAAAGAGGUUACGAAGUUAAUGAAUGAGAUGGUGCUACAUAAUGUAUAUCCAGGUGUCUAUACUUUCAGUAUAUUAGUGCAUGCCCUCUGUAAGGAGGGGAAGUUGGAAAGUGCGGAAACUAUUAUUCAGAUCAUGAUUCAAAGGAAGAUUUAUCCUGAUGUCGUCACAUACAACAUUCUUCUUGAGGGGUACUGUAUGCAAGGACGGAUGGAUGAAGCGAGGAAAGCUUUUGGUCGGGUGGUAGAAAGUGGCCUUCAACCUAAUGUUGGAACCUAUAGCAUAUUAAUUAAUGUAUACUGUAAAAUAAAAGAAAUGGAUGAAGCGAGGGAAGUUUUUGGUCAGAUGGUAGAAAGUGGCCUUCAACCUACUAUUAGGAACUAUAACACAUUAAUUAAUGGAUACUGUAAAAUAAAAGAAAUGGAUGAGGCCAUGCAUCUGUUUUAUGAAAUUCCUCAAAAAGGGCUUCAUCCUAAUCUUGUUACGUAUAACACAAUGUUGCAGGGGUUAUUUUUGGUGGGUAGAUGUUCUGCUUCACUGGAGCUUUUUCAGGGGAUGCUGGUUGCUGGACAUAAAGCAGAUUUUUACACUUCACAUGUCUUACUUAGCGGUUUGUGUGAUAAUGGACUUGUUGAAGAUGCGAUAUCUGUCUAUCAUCAGUUAGAUAGAAACGGAAAGGGUUCUCUUGUUUAUGAUACUAUCAUAAUUGAUAAGGUCUGCAAGAUAGGACAGCUUAAUAUUGCAUGCGAUGUAUUCAAUGAUCUCAUCUCUAAAGGGCGACACCCAGAUGUGUAUACAUACACUGCAAUGAUAAGUGGGUUUUGUCGAGAAGGAUUAAUAGAUGAAGCCUUAGAGUUGUUAAGGAAAAUGGAGAAGAAUUGCUUACCAAAUACUGAGACUUAUAAUGUUAUUUUGCAAGAAUUUGUUAGAGAGAAAAAAUGUCAUGAGGCAAAUCUACUUUUAGAUGAAAUGGUUGGUAAGGGUAUUUCUCCAAAUGAGCGCACAUUGUUCUUCGUAAACGACUUACUUGCACUUAAAGGUGGAGAUGAGACAGCACUUAAGGUGAUGCAGAAAUUUGCAGCAAAUCAUGUAAAGUAACAACAUAUGUGAAAUCUUUUAGCUUCUCUGCUUGUUCAUGGGUUGCUACUUUUGGAGGAAUGUUUUCAGGGAUUUCACUCCCAUUUCAGGGAUUCCACAAGUUUGGGUCUCAGCAUCUAUGUUUUAACAACAUAAUAGUUCUUGGCAGAGGGAGGUAAAAUGCCUAUUGCUUAUUAUGCACUCGCUAAAUGUUUCUUGACAUUAAAUGAGUACCAUGAAGCAAAAAAUAAUUUAAUUACAUGAGAAGGAAGAGGUGCUCUACAGAUAAGGAGCUUUGGUGCAUCUUUGCUGAUUUGAUGUUGGGAGCUCUGUUAUAGAAAAAAUUCAGAUGUGUCUCAUAAACUGGCUAAAGGCAGGGGGACAUAAUGUUCUUGGAACUCCAAUGGGGUUAUUUGGACAAACAUGUUGUUAUUGUAUUUGUGCAGCUAAGUCACCGUGAUUGAUGGACUGGUAAAUCUUUUGUACCCUGCAGCAGAACCACUCCAUAUGAGAACAAUGAUAUAUAGUGUUCAUCAGUACUUGCCACUGAAUGAGUGAUAGAUCCAGCUCCUACAAUCUCAAGAUCAAAUUGACUGCAUAGAGAUAUAUGGUUCAGUUAUCUCCAAACUUUAAUUUGGUGAUUGUAAUAUUGCAUUUUUUUUUUUUAGGUGUAAACCACAUAUUGUGGUCCGGGUCUUUCCCUGUCUGUUUAACCGGACAGGUCCACCCGGUUCGCUCCAAGAGGCACAGAAGCUAGCCCAAAGGGAAUCGUCACUUGUGGGAAUUGAACCCGGGUUAUCCCAGAAUUCUCCCCCACAAAGAGAGCUCAUUUGCCACUUGAGCUACCUUGUUGGGUUGUAAUAUUGCAUUUAGAUGAUGA